GGCGGCGGCGCGGCUUCCGGUCGGUGCACGGACGAGCAGGGCUCAGACCAUGGCGCGGAAGAAGGUGCGGCCGCGGCUCAUCGCCGAGCUGGCCCGUCGCGUGCGGGCCCUGCGAGAGCAGCGGAACCGACCGCGCGACUCGCAGCGCUACGCCCUGGACUACGAGACGCUGACGCGGCCGUACUCGGGCCGCCGCCUGCCGGUCCGCGCCUGGGCGGAUGUGCGCCGGGAGAGCAGCCUCCUGCAGCUGCUCAGCCGCCUGCCGCUCUUCGGCCUGGGCCGCCUGGUCACGCGCAAGUCCUGGCUGUGGCAGCACGACGAGCCGUGCUACUGGCGCCUGACGCGCGUGCGGCCCGACUACACGGCGCAGAACCUAGAGCACGGGAAGGCCUGGGGCGUGCUGACCUUCAAAGGACGGACGGAGAGCGAGGCCCGGGAGAUCGGGCAGGUCAUGUACCACGACUGGCGGCUGGUGCCCAAGCACGAGGAGGCGGCCUUCACCGCGUUCACGCCCGCGCCGCCCGAGGACGCUCCGCGCUGCGUGCCCUACCCGCCGCUCCUCCGGGCCAUGAUUCUAGCAGAGCGGCAGAAAAAGGGGGACUCCAGCACCGAGGAGCCCAUGCUGAAUCUGGAGCGGACCCGAGUGGAUCCCUGGGACUACCCUGCGAGACAGGAGGCGAAGAAAAAGGCCAAGGCCACGCGGGUCUAAGUGCCAGCACUGGAUGGCCGCGGGACAGGUGUCAGGCCCUGGGCCCCGGUUUGUGAAUGAAGACGCCUUUGGGCUGCAGCUGGGACAGCCCCCCCCGGGAGCGUGGAGCCAGACCCUGCCCCUCGCGCCUUUGCUCUGGGCGAGAGGGCCGCGGGGGGGGAAGCGGGGGUAGGCGGGGCUGCAGCGCGGAGCCCCAGCGCCCGCGCUGGUAGCUUCCCCCGCUACGUGCGGCCCCUGCCGGACUCAGCCGAGAACCGUUUGCGCGCGAAUAAAGGCAGAACCAGUGCC